UGGAGGGUUCUGCUGGCAGAGGAACAGCAGAUGGGGACAGCCACAGAGACCUCUGCAAUAGCUGCAGGUUUGCCCAGUCUGUUUCCAGCGAUGGGAGACUCUGCAAACACGAGCAGUGUUGGUAACACCAGUGGAGCACCCUCCUCUGCACAGUGUCCCCGUGACACCACCAUCACCCACCUGCUCUUCCCCGCGCUGUACACGCUCAUCUUCCUCCUGGGGCUUGUGCUCAACAGCCUGGCUUGCUGGGCUUUCUUCCACAUUCCAAGCACAUCAACUUUCAUUGUCUACUUGAAAAAUAUCUUAGUUUCCGAUUUUAUAAUGACCCUAAUGCUUCCUCUGAAGAUCCUGACAGACUCUGGCCUGGGACUGUGGCAACUCAAAGCCUUUGUCUGUCGCUUCUCAGCCAUAAUAUUCUAUGACACCAUGUACAUCAGCAUAGUGCUACUCGGGCUCAUUGCUUUCGACAGAUUUCUCAAGAUUGUGAGACCUUUUGGGAAGUUCUGGGUGCAAAAUCUGACCUCAGCAAAGAUCCUGGCCAGUCUGGUCUGGCUCUUCUUCCUUGUUCUCUCUCUGCCCAACAUGAUCCUGUCCAACAAGACAGCGACGCCUCAGUCUGUGAGGAAGUGUGCCUCCUUGAAGAGUUACCUCGGACUCAAAUGGCACGAAGCCAUCAACUACAUCUGUCAGUUCAUCUUCUGGACUGUCCUCAUCCUCAUGUUGCUAUUUUAUAUAAUUAUUGCCAAAAAGGUAUAUGAGUCUUACAUAAAAACACAGAAGAAAGGCAACAGAACUGAAAAACGGAUCAAGGGGAAAGUAUUCAUCAUUUUCACCGUGUUCUUCUUAUGCUUUGCCCCCUUCCACUUCAGCAGGGUCCCCUACACUCUGAGCCAAACGAGUGCCCACAUGGACUGCCGCCUGCAGAACCAGCUCUUCAUGGCCAAGGAGAGCACACUGUGGCUGGCAGCCACCAACGUCUGCAUGGACCCCCUGAUCUACAUGAUCCUGUGCAAGCCUUUUGUGAAGAAGGUGUUGUACAGGAGGGUAAAAGCUCUUCAGAGAACAGUCCAGACAAACCCAAACACUGAACUGGACACACGAGUGUCUCCUACUGAGUCUUGAUCCUUCAACAGCACACUCUACUCUGCAUGUUCAUAGAGAACUUGAAAAAUAGUUUGGUUUACUUCUGCUGAAUAACACAAAAGGGUGUUUGCCGAGUCAUAUUAACACUCAAUAAAUGCAGCAAAAUGGA